UGUUAGCAUGCUACUUGACGUUAGCACAGCUGCUUUCUGAGAGAAAAUUACAGUUACAUUUUGGAUUAAUAUCAUCUUUCACGUAACGUUUCAAACUAUGGGUUUACAAGACACGUUUUAAAUUAAUUCCUGCUAGCAUCUCCUGUUUUGUAACGUUGUAUUUAGCUUACAAAGCCUUACGUUCCUAUUAUUCUUGUUAGGUUAGCAGUACACACAGUUAGCAAUGUAUACAGAACUCAACAGUAUCUUGAACACAACUCCUGACAGCUUCACACAGGGAGAAUUUGUUUUGCUAUCAGACAGACAGAGUGAUGCCUCUUUCCUCAUUCACCACUUCCUCUCUUUGUACCUACGAGCACGCUGCAAAGUGUGUUUUGUGGGUCUGGUGCAGUCCUUCAAUCAUUACAGUGCCAUCAGUCAGAGAAUGGGUGUUAGCCUAACACAAGCGAAGGAAAAAGGUCAGCUGGUUUUCCUGGAGGGACAGAAAGAGUCGCUAUCUGUUUUGAUUCCUCAAGAAAACGACACAGGAAGUCAGGCCAUGGACUUCCUCAG